AAUGCGCAUGCGUCACUUCUCGAGCAUUCUAUAGGAGAAACACGUGCAUCUGAGGUCAAAGUAAAAAUCACUACAAACAUGUCUGCUUUGAAGCGUUUCAUUCCCCUCUUCGACAGAGUCCUUGUCCAAAGAUUUGCGCAAGAGACAACAACGAAAGGCGGUAUCAUGUUGCCAGAAAACGCUGUAGCAAAAGUCAAUGAAGCAACUGUUGUUGCUGUUGGUAAUGGCCUCAGAACUGAUUCUGGAGAAAUUAUCCCUACUACAGUAAAAAUUGGUGACAAAGUCUUGCUACCAGAGUACGGUGGGACUAAGGUUGUUAUGGAUGAUAAGGAUUACUUUCUGUUCCGAGAUGGAGAUAUUUUGGGACGAUUUGAAUAA